AUGGAUAUCAUAGACUUCAUAUCAGUGUACACCUCCGGUGCUGAAGUGGAAACCACAACACGAGAUGACAACUCGGCAGUCCCUUUUUUAGAAACCUCAACCGGGCAACAACCCACAUCACCCCCAUCACCCUUAGGGGCCGAUUUAACUCCGCCCCCGAGGGACUCCAUUGAACAGAGAGCCAGCCCUGUGGAUGUGUUGCUUUCUAACGCAGUAAAACAUCUGUGCGGAACACUGAGUGCACCUUUAACAGAAACAUCAUGCGCUGAACUAAAGGGCGCCAACCCUGAAUCCCCAAAAGGCGCCAAAGUUGUGGGGCUCAACGCAGUAAAACAUCUACGUGGAACACUGAGUGCACCCUUAUCAGAACUACCAUGUGCCGACUCAAAAGGCGCCAAACUUGAAUACUCUAAAGGCGCUAAAUUCAACAGGAAUGUACUUGACACUGAAGAGGCAUUUGGAACAGUAGUUUCAACGCAACAACCAGAAGAUGCAGGAGAAGCAAGGAAGCACAUAACUGGAUCAGUUCAGCUUUUUAAGCUUGAUGAGAGGAAAGAAGUGGGACUAGGCAUUUCUUUGCAGGAUGAAGUAAAAAGCAAAGCUCAGGAACAUUACAAAAGAGGUUUGGAGCAGAUGUCCAUGAAACAGAUGGAAAAAGCUGUAAUUUCAUUCUCCAAAGCCAUCAGCCUUGGUGAUCAAAUGCCGACAGAAUUAUACCUUAAGAGAGCUGAAGCUUACCUCUACCUAUGUGACUUCCAGUCUGCUGCACUGAACUACAGGAUGGUUUGUUUCAUGAAUCCUUUGAGAAAAGAUUUUCAAGCAAAUUUAGCAUUCAUUUUCUAUAUCCAAGGCCAAAUUCUGUAUGAUCAAGAAGUGUAUAUGGAUGCAUUGGAAUCUUUCUCUCAGGCAUCUGAACUGAAUUCCAGUAAUCCUGUUUAUCAAAUGAGAAGUAUUGCUUGCCUGUAUGCAUUAAGUAGGCAUGGGGAUUGUCUUCAGCUCAUCAGCAGACAGAUUGAGAAUGAACCCCAAAACCCAGACUUGUAUAUUCUGAGAGCCAGGAUGCAAAAUAUAUUCAAUAAAGCAACUCCCUGCUACUUAGAUGUCAAGAAGGCAUUAAAUUUGGACCCAUCCAACAAAGAAGCACUAGAUUUGCUUGUCAAGCUUAAAACAGUGGCUAAUGAUGCAAAGUCACAAGCUGUCUGCCAUGCAUUAAGAGGGAAACUGCAAGAAGCCUUGCAAAAAAUAAACACUGCCUUGGAAAACAACCCAGCAGAGUUAAGUUACUUCCUUUUCAGAGGGUCAGUAUACAGAAGGCUGAAAAACUUCAACAAUGCCAUUGAUGAUUGUGUGUUGGUUCUGGAACAGUGUAGUCAUAUACAAGAAAGUGAAACAUACACAGAGGCACAAAAACAACUUCUGCUAACCUACAACGACUUUGCAGUCUUUUGUUAUAUUAAAGGAUUUUAUGAAGAGGCAGUCAUGCUGCUAAACAAGGCUAUCAAGAAAGAAAAGGAAGAAAAGGGCCUGUAUGUGAACCGAGGGGACUGCUUCUUUGCUCAGGGAGAGCUGGAGUUUGCAUUAGCCGAUUACGGUCAGGCCCUGGAACUGGACCAGGUUGAUAGGAGUAUACAAACCAGAAUUGCAGCUGUACAAAAUGAAUUUGGCCUGCUGGAUUACCACUCGGGGAAGUACCGGCAAGCAGAAUCAAGGUUUUCUAAAGCAAUCCAGGAUAAUCCCACAGUUUGUCAUUAUUAUUUACACCGAGCCACUGUGCGUCAAAAACUUCAGGAUGAUGUUGGUAGCAAAAAUGAUGCUCUCACUGCUCUGAUACUGAGUCCCAAAAACAAACAGGUUCGUCCAGUUUUAUCAGUCUUAUUUCCUGGCAUGUCUACAAGUGAUAUAAUGAACAGUGAAGCAGCAGAAAGAAUGAAGUCUGCAGUGGCUGCCAAGUUAACAUCCCCAUGUGUUCAAAGGAAGCAUGCAGCAGAUCCAAGUACUGAAACAGUGGGUUCAGUUGUUCAGCAGAUGAAUUCUGAUACUGUAAAAAGUGGUGCUGAAGAUAAAGGAAGUCACUUCAUUCCCUGUGUAACUGAACAGCAGCUAUAUAAAGCCAUCAUCUCUAGGCAAAUAAAACUGCAGGAGGAGGAGGUCAGGAAGGCAUUCCUUGACAGGCAAGCUUUGAAACAAGAAAGAAUAAACAUCAAUGCUUCUGCAAAGCCACAGAAAACAGCAAGAUUCAAACAGGCCGUAUAACUGGAAGACAUUCAUUUUGGGUAUUUAACAUUACUUUGUAUGUUUAGACACUAAAAAAACAUCCUUCAAUACAAAUUUGCAUAAAGGCAGUCUUUGGACAACA